GUCCUCGCUCUCACACCAGACACCACCAGCGGACCUCGGUUGUCCGUGCCCAUGGCGACGCCGCUCGCGACAAGCGGCCCGCCCCUCGCCUCCCGCGGCUUGCCGUCUUCCUCCUCCUGCUCCUCGUCGCCGCCCUCUUCUCUCCUGCUCGGCCGCCGGCCUAGCCGCAGGCUCCGCUCCUCCUCGCCGCAGGUAGAUGCUGCGGCCGCGCAGGGGAAGGGCGGCGAGUACCGGCCCUCCUUCGUGGACGACCUCCUCCUCUCCUUCUUCCGGAGCAAGAUGGUGGAGGAGGUUGGAUGGGAUUCCGAAAACCCUGGGUAUGCCGGGCUGAUGGAGGUUGCAAAUCGUCUCAUGGUCAAGGGGAAGAGUGCUUCAGAGACUGAGCAGGCAGCUGUCAGAGUACUACAAUCAUUGUUUCCGCCUCUCUUGCUUGUUCUUUACAAAGCUCUUUUAGCACCAAUUGCUAAUGGUCAACUAGCUGCCAUGAUGCUCGCUAGAGCGACAGCACUUUCAUGCCAAUGGUUGAUGGGCCCAUGUUCAGUUAAUUCCGUCACUCUGCCUGAUGGAAAAUCUUGGUCAAGUGGGGUGUUUGUUGAGAAAUGCAAGUAUCUGGAAGAGAGCAAAUGCCUUGGUAUUUGCAUCAACACGUGCAAACUGCCAACUCAGACUUUCUUCAAAGAACACAUGGGCGUUGAUUUAUACAUGGAGCCAAAUUUUGAAGACUACAGCUGUCAGUUCAACUUUGGGUUGCCGCCGCCACCUCUUGAUACUGACAAAGCACUCAAGGAACCCUGCUUGGACACUUGCACAAACGCCAGGCGACGCAGGGAGCUCGGCAGAAGUAGUAGCCCGGAUGAGCUCAGUUGCCCCCAAGUUUGAUACGCUGCUCGUGAACAAGUAUGAGCAUCAUUCGUAGAUAAGAUGGUACAGCCCAGUGAUGGUGCCACUGUCUUGAUCCUUGCACGCUGUGCAAGGUGUGGUACGCUGCCCGAACUCACCAGUAUCGUGGUAUACCAAUUCUAAAAGAUUAACUGUGGUAUACGAAUUCUACAUUGCAAUGCAUACACAUGUUGACAUAAUUUCUUUUUCAAAUA